AUGAAAACAGCCAUGCUAAACUCUCCUUCAUUACCUCUCGUAGCUUCACAUCCAUUUUGUGGCAGAUCCUUGCAUCAAGCUGCAGCAACUACAAAGACAUGCCUUAACACAAGUAAGAGACGACUUUCUACGAAGAUUUCAGCACUGAGAAGGGACGAUUAUAGCGAUAAAUUGAUCGACGAAGACAUGAUUGUUCUUCGGAUGCGCAUUCAGGAGAUGAAGAUAGCCGAAAGGAAUUAUGAUGUCUCCUCUGAGUGGUUGGAAUGGGAGAAGCGAUAUUACAGUGACAGUUACAAUUCAGACGUUUGUGAAGCAGUUGGGUUCUUGCAGUCUGUGUUGAUGAAAACUAGGCCAAGCUUGGUAUUGGGAAUGGUUGGUCUUGUUGCUCUGAGUAUACCAACGUCAAUAGGGGUGGCCAUUGAAACGCUGCCCCGUGUUGCCAUCCUCUUACGGGUAUGUGCUGCGGUGGAUGGAUGUAUUGCUAUUGAUCCAGAAGAUUACGACUCGCAGGAGGGCCGAUCCAAAGUUUCCUUGUCAAAGAUGUGA